AUGGACCCCUCACUGCUAUCAGACACAGAGUACAAUCAGACCCAUGCUGAUGAGGGACACAUUGAUGGUUUCAAGGUCACCAUGGCUCUGCUGUACUUGGUGGUGUGCAUCCUCGGACUGGCGGGGAACUCCCUCGUCGUCGUUGCUAUUUUAAAACUGGACAAAAUGUCGACAUCCACAACCGUGUACAUUCUGAACUUGGCGUUGGCGGACGGACUCUUCAUGGUGGGUCUUCCCUUCAUCGCGAGCCAGAACUUCCAGAACCACUGGGUGUUUGGCGACCUGGCGUGUAAGGUGGUGAUGGUCCUGGACGGCAUCAACCAGUUCACCAGCGUGUUCUGUCUGACGGUGAUGAGCGUGGACCGCUACAUGGCUCUGGCUGACCCGCUUCGGUUUGCUGGUUGGAGAACUCCACGUUGUGCGAAGAUCGUCUCAGCGUUCCUGUGGCUGUGCUCGCUCAUCACCAUCCUUCCCAUGGCGCUCCACUUCUCGGCUGAACGCGGCCUGUGUAUGCCGAUCCUGAUCUCAGACAUGUGGUGGCUCGGGAUCUUAUCUUACACCUUUGUCUUAGGGUUCGCCUUACCGUUCAUGAUCAUGACGGCAGCCUACACUGCCCUGUUGCUAACACUGAAGUCACAGCAGCUCAAAGCCAACCCCCCUCACGCAGAGAGCCCUCGGGUGGAGCGGCAGGUCACUAAGAUGGUGGUGGCGGUGGUGGUUGUGUUCGGAGUGUGCUGGCUGCCGUUCUACACCUUGAACUUCUGCUCCCUGUAUCAGAAGGAGCUCCUGGUCCCGACCUUUGCCAGAGCUUUUGAGUUUGUGGUUCUGCUGUCAUAUUCAUGGAGCUGCGCUAACCCCAUCCUGUACGCCUGCCUUUCGGAGACUUUUAAAGGGCACUUCCGCACCCUUCUCUACCCAGCCACCAAACUAUCUCCAAGUACGCAACACAGCACGGGACAAUACGACUUAAACGCCACAGGUGUGCUGGACGUGACAAUAUUGGCGUAG